UAGUAAGGGGAGUCAAAACUGUCAUCAGUUAUCUUUUUAUAACUGCGUCAUCUGCAGCUUCUUUAAACUGUUAGCAGUAGCGUCGCUGUCACGGUUACCAAAACACUCACGUAGUAUUUGUGACCAAUAGCGCAUUUUAAACUCUGGUUGCGUCGGACAAAUCAGAUUAAAGGGAAAGUAAACUGGAUUCUGACGUAAAGGGAUUAUACCCCGGCAAAGAAGCAUAUAGCAUGUGCUGCUCGCGCACGCUCGUUGUCAGCAGCAUUCGGUGAAGAGGAGAGCAGCUCGUGCCACCACCAGUCAACAAACCCUCCUCCCUCUCGCUCUCUAUCUACCCCUCUCUCACUCAGCACCUGAGCAUGACUUUUCAGAUAUUUCACUGCGACUGAACAGGACCCGCCGCCGGCAACAUGGCUUCGUAUCUGCAGAUCGCUGAUGAUGAGAAAGGCCACGAUCUGGACCUUUUCUGUGUCCCCAGACAUUAUGAGAACGAUUUGGACAAGGUGAUCAUCCCCCAUGGGCUUAUCAUGGACAGGACAGAGCGCCUGGCUCGAGACAUAAUCCGGGACAUGGGGGGACACCACAUUGUAGCUCUGUGUGUGCUAAAAGGAGGAUACAAGUUCUUCGCAGACCUCCUGGACUACAUUAAAGCACUGAACCAGAACAGUGAUAAAUCAGUCCCCCUGACAGUGGAUUUCAUUAGGGUGAAGAGCUACUGUAAUGACCAGUCAACAAACAAUGUCAAAGUCAUAGGAGGGGAUGAGCUGUCCAAUCUCUCAGGCAAGAAUGUUUUAAUUGUUGAGGAUAUUGUGGAGACAGGAAGGACGAUGCAGACGUUACUUUCCCUGCUGAGUGAAUGCAAUCCCAAGAUGGUUAAAGUUGUAAGGGAUUUUGUUUCAAAUAUCCUCUGUGUAAUUCCAGCCUUCUGGUUAAGAGGACCCCGAGGAGUUCAGGGUACAGACCGGACUACAUUGGUUUCGAGGUGCCCGAUUCCUUUCUGGUGGGCUAUGCUUUGGAUUACAAUGAGUACUUCAGAGAUCUCAGUCACAUCUGUAUACUGAAUGAUCAAGCCAAGGAGAAGUACAAAGUGUGAGCAGAUCAAGUGAUGCCAUGCGAUGACUGAAAUCUAUGAAGACGAGGACCACUGUGAAGCCAAUCAUUAGCUUUGCUGUGUUUUGAAUCUUAUUUAUUUUUCUACAUAAAAAUGUGACUUGUGGGUUGUAAAUACCUUAAAUAAUAUUUAAGUUCUCCCCUAUGACGAAGUGGGAUCAAUUAUGUGAAUGAAUAUUCUGGUUUGGUUGGUAAAUUUUAAUUUAUUUAUUCACUAAUGUGUAUAGACAUUACAUGCAAAUUGCAGUAUUAUCUUAGAGAUAGAAAUAGAAUAACAUUGAUUUGUUCAAAUCGCACGUCUCAGGCUACUGCUUUAUGUUCACUGAGCUGUCAGUCAAAUUAAAGUAGCCUUCCGUGUGCGUUUCCCUUUUGACUUGUAUCCCCUUAUUAUGCCAUAAAGUGACUGACUUGGAAUGUACUUUAUGAUUUAUUUCAUGUUUACAGCAAUACAAACCUAGUUGAAAUCU